UUAUAUAGAAAAAUUUUUUCUCGGGAAAGUAUUAAAUAAGAAGAUGAAAAUAGUAAAUAGUUUACGAGAGAAAAAAGCAACAAAAAAUGAUAAUAAACCAGCUGAGUCUAACCUAAUUGAGGGACCUCGUCUCGUGGAUUUGAAAGAAUUAGGCAAAAAUCUAAGAUGUUGUAAAUGUGAUGAGGUACUUUGUCUCGACAACGUUUCUGAUGAAACACGUGUAGCGUUUCAUUCUACCCUGAAAGUAAAUUGUCCGAAAUGUAAUGUAGUAACACUAGUGUCAACUGGAAAAUGUCAUAGAGUCAACAAUAAUAAUAGAACUAAGCGUUCUGAUAUUACAACGGGAGUUGUACUUGGUGCCGUACAUGCUGGAUAUGGCUGUUCUGGGCUAAACAAAAUAUUGGCAUGUGUUAAUAUGCCUUUAAUUUCAUCAAAAAUUUUUAAAAGAUAUGAAAGGGAAGUUGGUCCAGCAAUCGAAAAGGCUGCUCAAGAAAGUUGCAAGAGAGCUGCCAGUGAAGAACGACAAUUGGUAUUAAAUAACAUCGAAAAAUUGUGUGAAUUUUUGUAA